AUCCUCUAGUGCAUGUUCUCUUGUUGUGAAACAUCUCUCUAUUUCUUCAGCAAAAAUAUUUCUCUAAUCUUUACUAUUGCUCUCUCUCGAUCUAUAUAACUGAUACAAACUGUGUUUGAGUGAAUUUUUGCUGAAUACACAAUGGGUACAAAGAGGGAUUCUCCAAUGAUGAAUGUUUUGUUUGAAUGGUUGAGGAAGGGAUCUAAGAGAGUGAAGAUCAUUUUGGGGGCAUUGCUUUUGGUUUUUGCGAUUGUGGCUCUAAAGUUCACUAUCUAUAAUCCGUUGCAUUUCUACAUAGCCUCUCGAGUAAUUCAUUUUGCUGGGAUUGUUGUUCUUAUACAGAAGCUCUUUUCCCGCAAGACCUGCUCUGGAUUAUCAGUUAAGACCCAAGAGAUCACAGCUUUAUCCCUAUUAUCGAGAUUAAACUUUAGGUUGUUGAUGGUGGGUAGCAUCUACGUUGUGCUAGAUUUCAUAUCUCUCGUGGCUACGUUACUUGUUAUAUGGGCAAUGAGGUUCAAGUUGAAGUCAUCCUAUGUCAAAGAGCUUGAUACCUUGAGACGAUCGUUUGUGGUGGUUCCUUGUGCAAUCCUUGCGAUCCUAAUCCACCCUUAUACAAUUCAUUCUCGCUUAAAUCGAAUCUCUUGGGCAUUCGGCACGUAUUUAGAAGCUAUUUCAGUUCUUCCUCAACUUCAUUAUUUGCAAAAUGCAAAGAUGGUUGAAACAUUUACGGGAUAUUAUGUAUUUGCUCUUGGGGUUUCAAGAUUCUUCCUAUUUGCUCAUUGGCUUAUUCAGAGUUAUGAGAAUCCAAGGUUAUAUUUUCUUCUAGUUGAGAAUGGCAACGUGUGGCUCAUUCUAGCUCUUUUGUCAGAGUUGGUUCAAACAUUCAUCUUGGCAGACUUUUGUUACUAUUACAUGAAAAGCUUUAUACAAGGACAACUUCUAAGGAAAAUGCCUAUUUAAUUAAGAUCUCAAUUUUCUGGUGUACAAUGUGCUUACUAAGAAUUAAGCACAUAAUAUAAAUCUCGAGGCUAGCUAUUCUACUAUUUACAGCUCAUAUGUAUGAGUUAUUACUCUUGAAAGAUCCAAUUAUUUUAUGGAAUUAAUUUAUUAGUUAUGCUAUCAGUUUAAGCAUGACAA